AUGAAACACCAUCUCGAUCGUAUUAUCGACCAUGUCCAUACCCCGGAGAAACUCCGUCCCCAUAAUCAUAAUCACCACCACCACCAACAAUACCAGCAACCCCCAAUGGCACAAGCAGUGCCCCCCGUUGUUGCUCAACCUCCACCACAGACCGUCCCCACACCGCCUGACUCGCAUAAUGUUUUCGCACACUUCAUCAUUGGCAAUGCGUAUUAUAUGACGUCAGAUCAGUGGGAGUCGGACAUUGUAGAGGCGCAGAAAGCUCACAUUGAUGGAUUUGCAUUGAACGUUGCACCGCAAGACCAUCACACCGAUCGAGCCCUCCAAGCAGCAUACGAUGCUGCUGAAAAGAUUGGAAACUUUUCCCUGUUUAUCUCGUUUGACUACUUGUCCGGUGGGCCUUGGCCGGCGGAUCGAGUUAUCACCAUCAUCAAUUCUUAUAAGAAUCGAAAGGCGCAGUUCUACUACAAAGGGAAGCCACUGGUAUCCACAUUUGAAGGUGUGGGCAACGCAGGUGACUGGCCGAAUAUCAAGUCCGCUACGGGUUGUUUAUUCAUCCCCUGCUGGACGAGCAUGGGACCAGCUGGUAUACGCAAUGUUCUGAAUGAUAUCGACGGUGCCUUUAGCUGGGAUGCUUGGCCGGUUGGUACAGAAGACAUGAAGGUGACAAACGAUCUGGAGUGGAUGAAAGCUCUUUCAGGGAAGCCAUACAUGAUGCCCGUAGCUCCAUGGUUCUACACGAAUCUCCCCCAAUGGGGAAAGAAUUGGCUCUGGCGCGGAGAUGAUCUAUGGCACUAUCGUUGGAAACAGGUCAUUGAGCUGCAACCGCCUCUUGUCCAGGUCUUGAGUUGGAACGACUAUGGCGAGACGCAUUACAUCGGGCCCAUCUACGAGGCUGGAGUGCCUGAAGGGGCCUCGCGGUACAUCGCUGAUCACCCUCAUGAUGCAUGGCGAACCUUUCUGCCACAUUAUAUUGACGGGUAUAGACGGAACAUCGCGAACUGCCACAGUAACCCAGUCAGAACUUCCCCCCACCAGAAGUACCCCAUAUCUUAUGCGGACAAGAUUGUCUAUUGGUAUCGAUUGAACCCGGGGCAGUCGGGUAGCGCCGACGGCACAACCGGGAACAACCCAGGCAUAGGUCAACCAGAAAUGAAACCGCAUGAGCUCUCUCAGGACAAAGUGUUCGUUAGUGUAUUUGUCACUGAGCCGAGCGAGGUCCAUGUCCAAAUUGGAUCAGGUCCACAUUCUGUUCUUGACGCCGUCCCUGGUGUCAAUCACGGAUCUUUCCCCUUUAAAGGGCAGACAGGGCCUGUCAGGAUCUCUAUUAUGCGAGGUAAUCGGGAGGUCGUGACAACCACGGGCCCAGCGAUUACUGAGCAAUGUGCGGGUGGUGUUGUAGACUGGAAUGCGUAUGUUGCCUUCGACAUGACCAAGAGGAGUGUCCUUGAUCUCCGUGAUUCUGCCAUGGCUUAUCGCCUGUCGGCCCAGCUUCCGGAGCCCACCCCAGCUACCAUUGCGAGCCCAGUGGCGAGGACUGGCUCUCUCGCCCCGGAAGAUUACACGAAACCAUAUUGCGAAUUCAUGACAGCAAACCCUACGAUCUUUCAUGCGGUGGACGGCUUUACCAGGCAACUCGAAAGCCAGGGAUAUAAGCGACUUCCCGAGCGCGAGACGUGGAACUCCAAGUUAGAGAAGGGUGGGAAGUACUAUGUCACUCGAAAUGGCAGUGCUUUCAUCUCAUUCUCAAUUGGAAGAGACUAUAAGAGUGGCAAUGGAAUAGCCAUUGUUGCAGGUCAUAUCGAUGCACUCACCGCCAAAUUGAAGCCCGUAUCCAAGCUGCCCAAUAAGGCUGGCUUUCUCCAACUUGGAGUCGCGCCCUACGCAGGCGCUCUGAGUGAGACAUGGUGGGAUCGCGAUCUCUCAAUUGGUGGCCGUGUCCUGGUCCAGGACUCCAACACCGGGAAAGUCGAGUCCAAAUUAGUCAAGCUAGACUGGCCUAUCGCCCGGAUCCCAACCCUGGCACCUCACUUCGGAGCACCCUCGCAAGGCCCCUUCAACAAAGAGACACAGAUGGUGCCUAUCAUUGGCGUUGAUAACUCCGAUCUUUUCCAGCAGCAAGCCCCGUCCAAGACGGACCGCGAUAGCGGGAUCAAGCCCGGUACAUUUGCAGCCACGCAGCCCGAGAAGCUUGUUAAAGUCAUAUCCAAGGAGCUUGGUAUCACAGACUACAGCUCGAUUAUCAGCUGGGAGCUGGAGCUGUAUGACAGUCAACCAGCACAGGUUGGUGGCCUGGACAGGGACCUGAUUUUUGCUGGUCGCAUUGACGAUAAGCUCUGCUGCUAUGCCGCUCAGGAGGCUCUACUUGCCUCACCGGAUAGUACUUCAACUAGCUCUAUCAAGAUGGUCGGUAUGUUUGACGACGAGGAAAUUGGAAGCCUGCUUCGCCAGGGAGCUCGAUCCAACUUCAUGAGCAGCGUCAUAGAGCGUAUCACGGAAGCCUUUUCACCAAACUACGGCCCCAAUGUGCUGUCUCAGACUGUGGCGAACAGCUUCUUCGUUUCUUCGGACGUCAUCCAUGCAGUCAACCCAAACUUCCUUAAUGUCUACCUUGAGAACCAUGCUCCCCGCCUGAACGUCGGUGUGGCCGUUUCGGCUGACUCUAACGGUCAUAUGACAACAGACAGUGUGAGCUACGGAUUCAUCAAGCGUGUGGCUGAUCGUUGUGGCUCGACUUUGCAAGUCUUCCAGAUCCGUAAUGACUCCCGUAGUGGCGGGACUAUUGGACCCAUGACCAGUUCUCGUAUUGGCAUGAGGGCCAUUGAUGUAGGGAUCCCGCAACUGAGUAUGCACAGUAUCCGUGCGACUACCGGUAGCUUGGAUCCGGGACUGGGCGUGAAGCUGUUCAAGGGCUUCUUCGACUAUUUCGAGGAGGUGGACAAGGAAUUCGCUGAUUUCUGA